GAGGCUGUAGGUCAAUCCUUGCGGGUGCUUUUAUUGGAUGUGCCGCUGUCAAGCAGCGCUGAAGAACCGGAGGAGCAGACGCCAGAAAAAGGCAGAGAAGAGACAAACAUCCGAAAAUCUGCAUUAUGUAGCCGGGCUCUGCCUCGUUACACCUCCGCCCUCGUCAGCCUCGAACCAGCCGGCCGUCCCCGACUCCGGAGCCGAAACUUGCGGACACGGAGCGGGUCUGGUUUUCCCCCUUUUUCUGUCUUGUAGAUUUUCCUCUCGCUGUCCAGAGGUGGCACCUCCACCCGCCACAGCCGCUGCAUCCUUCAUGCUUCUUGUGUUCCCAGCAGCAAUGAGAGGGAACCGUGGAGCCUGGUGACGCACCCCGGGGUCUGGAGCUCUUAUAUCAGGCGGAUCAUCCUCCACCGGGCAGCGGAUGCCUGAAUGGAGCCUGCAGGAUUUCACCACCACCACCACCAACACCACCGCCGCUGCUGCUGCUGCUUUACACCGGUGAAUGUGGCCUGAUCCCCGGGCAGCACCGUCGGACUACACACGGCAGUAUGCUCCACAGAGGAAUAAUCCCACUGUGUCUGUGCGGUGCCAAUAUUUCACCCUGUUGAUGAUGAACCUGGAGCUGAAGUGUGGUGAGAGCCGGUCUGUGGCCCGUGUCUGCAGCUGAAGUGGACAAACACAUUGUCAGGAAAAGAAGAAGAAGAAGAAGAAGAAAGAAAAGAUUGAUAGAGAGGGAGAGAGAGAAAGAAAGAGGGGAAAGAAGCAUCAUAUUUGAUGGCUCCAGGGUGGUGGGGGAGGACGACUACACAUGAAGCCUUCAUGGACACAAAAAAUGGAUAAAACUAUUGCAUGAGGCUGGAGCAGGAGGGGGGUGGAUUGCAUGGUGUGUGUGUGAGUGAGUGUGUGUGUGUGCAUGUGUGUAUAUGUGUGCAUGUGUGUGUAUGUGUGUGCUUUAAGGCCUGUACUUGAUAAGUUGAGGAGAAAAUGGUGAUGUGGUACGAAGAAGGCCGGAGUGAGGGAUGAAGUCGUCCGUGGGGGAUCUGAGCUGAAGGAUCCAAGUUUUUCCAGGAGAAGACGAGCCGCUGUGAUUAGAGACCCUCCAAUUAACUUCAUGUGAAGAAGAGGAAGAAAAAAAAAAAACAAGAGGGAGGAAAUCAGCUUCCUGGUGUUGGGGGCGGGUGGGGGAUAGAUAGAUAUAUUAUUCAUGCCUUGUGUUGGAGCGUUUGGAGAACCGGCUUUGCUGUGGCCUAGAUGACACAUAUUUAUACAUGUAUAUACGGAACGAUAUGAACCCUUGACUGGACCCUAACUGCACAGGAAAGUGUUGGGGUGGGGGGGGGGGAGAGGCCAACGACACUCUGCUCGCCUCAAAGAAAAGCACUUGCAGAGCGAAAAAAGAAAAAAGAAAAAAAAAAGGCUGAAGUGGGUUGAAGCAUGGGCUGUGCUUCAAGUAUUCAUAUCUCUGAUAGGGUGGUCUACCACAGUGGAAAAGAGUCCGAGGAUUCCCACUCACCCCAGCAGACUAAUACCACUCAGCAUCAAGGAAAUCCUGCCUCGGGACUACCCCUGAAACCCCCGAGCUGCAAGACCACAUUAACAGAGGUGCAAUUUGGACCAAUGAAGUUAUUUAAAGACCCACUUCAGGUACUUUUAGUUUUUGCCAAAGAGGACAGUCAGAGUAAUGGCUUCUGCUGGGCGUGUGAGAAGGCGAACUUCAGGUGCAGCAUGGCGCGAACACCCGAGUCGGCUCUUGAAUGCUUCUUGGAGAAGCAUCAUGACCUUGUCAUCAUUGACCACAGACAUUCCAGACACUUUGACGCUGAAGCACUAUGCCGGUCAAUUAGAGCGGUCAACUCUUCAGAAAACACUGUGAUAGUCGCCGUUGUGAAAAGGCCAGACAGAGAAGAAGCCUCUGUGAUGCCCCUGAUCAAUGCUGGCUUUAAUAGGAGAUAUGUGGAGAAUGCCAAUAUGAUGGCCUGCUACAACGAGCUGCUACAGCUGGAGCACGGAGAGGUGCGGGCGCAGUUCAAACUGAGGGCUGGAAAUGCUAUUUUCACAGCUCUAGAACAAAGCCAGGAGGCCAUAGAGAUCACUUCUGAAGAUCAAGUAAUUCAAUACGUGAACCCUGCCUACGAGUCCAUAAUGGGCUACCAACAAGGCGAGCUAAUAGGGAAGGAAAUUAUAGAAGUGCCUAAAAGUGAGAAGAAUAAGCCUGAUCUCCUUGAAACAAUAAACUCCUGCAUACGGAAAGGAAAGGAGUGGCAGGGGAUUUAUUAUGCCAAAAAGAAGAAUGGAGACAGCAUUCAACAAAAUGUGAAGAUCACACCUGUAAUUGGACAGGGAGGAAAAAUCAGACACUAUGUGUCUUUCAACAGGCCUUUAAAUGAUAAUAAUAAGAGUGAAAAACCCGGUGAACGUGUGCAGGCAGAGUCUCAAACAGACAUCCAAUCCAGUAAGCACAAAGACAGGAGGAAAGGCUCUCUGGACGUCAGAUCCACAACGUCUCGGGGGAGCGAUGGGAGCUCACAGCGAAGGCACUCCUCAAUGGCCCGCAUCCACUCCAUGACUAUAGAAGCUCCCAUCACCAAGGUAAUCAACAUCAUCAAUGCAGCGCAGGAAAGCAGCCCCAUGCCCGUAGCAGAAGCCUUGGAUCGAGUACUGGAGAUCCUGAGGACCACUGAGCUCUACUCCCCGCAGUUCGGCGCCAAGGAUGAAGACCCCCAUACGAAUGACCUCGUGGGCGGGCUGAUGACGGAUGGUUUACGCAGACUGUCAGGAAACGAAUACAUACUUUCCACAAAACAUGCCCACCAUAUCCCCAGCCAGCUGACAACUCUUCUGUCCAUAAAUGACAUCCCCCCUCGUAUCGCCAAAACCAUGGAGAUUGAGGACUCUUGGGACUUUGACGUCUUCAACUUGGAGGCCGCAACCAUGAAACGGCCUUUGACCUACUUGGGCCUGAAGAUCUUCUCCCGCUUUGGGGUCUGUGAAUUCCUAAACUGCCCUGAGGCAACUCUGCGCUCCUGGCUACAAUUGAUUGAAGCUAACUACCACUCCAGUAACUCCUACCACAACUCCAGUCAUGCAGCUGAUGUCCUGCACGCAACGGCCUAUUUCCUCUGCAAGGAGAGGGUCAAGCAAAGUUUGGAUCCCAUUGACGAGGUGGCUGCCCUGAUCGCUGCUACCGUGCACGAUGUGGACCACCCGGGCCGCACCAACAGCUUCCUGUGCAACGCGGGGAGCGAGCUCGCCAUCCUCUACAAUGACACAGCUGUGUUAGAGAGCCACCAUGCAGCACUGGCCUUCCAGAUCACCACGAGAGACGAUAAGUGCAACAUCUUCAAGAACAUUGAAAGGAAUGAAUAUCGAACACUACGACAGGCCAUCAUUGACAUGGUGCUCGCCACGGAGAUGACUAAACAUUUUGAACAUGUUAACAAAUUUGUCAACAGCAUCAACAAGCCACUGGCUGCUCUGGAGGAGAACGGGGGAAACAGUGAUGAGGAAUCUGUCAAAGGCGUUCUGACGACUCCUGAGAAUCGCAUCCUUGUCAAGCGGAUGCUGAUCAAGUGUGCGGACAUCUCCAAUCCAUGCAGGCCUCAGGAGCUCUGCAUAGAGUGGGCUGGACGCAUCUCAGAGGAGUAUUUUGCACAGACGGACGAAGAGAAGAGACAAGGUUUACCAGUGGUUAUGCCAGUGUUUGACCGAAACACCUGUAGCAUCCCGAAGUCCCAGAUUUCCUUCAUAGACUACUUCAUUACGGACAUGUUCGAUGCAUGGGACGCUUUUGCAGACCUCCCCAAUCUUAUGCAGCACUUGGACAACAAUUUCAAGUACUGGAAAGGCCUGGACGAGAGAAAGCUGCACAGCCUACGACCGCCUCCAGAGUAGGCACAGCAGUGUUCAGCCCUGGGACGCUGCGGUCCGGGGCAGCCGUCCUCUCUCCUGCUGGGGCUUCUCUCCCCCUGCCAGCCCAGCCAGCCAAAAGGGCCUCCUCGCCUUCACUCUCCUGCUUCUGUAGCACGCCAAGCGUCCACACGUUCGUCGAUGCAGAAAAACCACAGAAGGACUUCCUGACAGGCAGUUGCAGCAGUAAACGUUGCUGGCUUUACGGCCCUGUCAGAUGAGAACUGUGACAAACAGACACGGACACAAACGGCAUCCUUAUGAACUUCUUGUGCCUCUCAGGCAUUCGCAGUGUAGCUGUUCAAGAGACAUAACUGAGAGAGGGUCCUUUAUAGGCCUUUUGGCAAAGCAUCCGUCCCCCUAAUCACCAUGUGGGCUCUCCUGUUUGCCUGUGAAGUUGCUGUUAAGUAAAAACUGCUUGUUUAAGAAGAAGAAGGGGGGAGCGGAUGGAAGCGUGGUCUGGAUAUUGUGUCCAGUCCUUGUCAGGCCAUAUCAUCACAUUUGAUCUCAUCCCUGUGCUCGCAGCAAGGCAGGACUGCUCCUUCUGCCCCUGGAGGCCACACCAUGAAAGAACACUCCAAUGCUUGUUUUGGGCAAUAUUUUCACGUGCCCUUCAGAAACACAUCUAAGUUGACAUGUAGCUGUCAUCACGGACAUAUGGGGGGGAUGCUUUCUUUCUGGGUCAGGGAGUGGAUCUUAACUUUAGGCCACUGCUGAGAGACGAAAACCUCAACAUCAUGAUCAUAGGUAACUAAUUACAGAUGAUUUGGUAUGUUAAUUUUUCGUAGAUGUUCCAUAUUUUCUAUGUUAAAAUUCAUAAAUGAAUUAGUUGAUAAAUAAAUAAGAACAAAAAAUGAAUUUAAAAAAGAGAAAGAGAAGCCAAAGCUGAUGAAGACAAAUACUACUAUAACUCAACAAUUUACAAUUAUUAUUCAUAUGAAGCAUUACCAUAUUAAACAUUUUAUUUUCUUAUCAAAAGUACAGUACCAGUUUGAAUGAACACUUUUGUAUUGCACUGUAAACAAUAUUAGAAAUGUCUACGUCUCAGUGAUUUGUCCAGGGAUGGGAUGUUGCAUUGGAGAAUAAGCUGUUAUUGUUGAUCAUCAGGAGUUUGUGUGUGUGUGUGUGUGUGUGUGUGUGUGUGUGUGUGUGUGUGUGUGUGUGUGUGUGUGUGUGUGUGUGUGUGUGUGUGUGUGUGUGUGUGUGUGUGUGUGUGUGUGUGUGUGUGUGUGUGUGUGUGUGUGGGGAGGGGGAGUGUGUGUUUGGGCUGUAGGUGCGUGGGUGCAUUCAUUGUUGCAACAAUCCCUUACUCUUGGUUUAAUGCUGUAAACCGCUUGACAUUUGACAACAGCAGAAAUAUGUGAAAACAUUUUGGACUUGAAAAUUUUUUCUCCCAGAAAUUUUUGUAUCUGGUUUAUCCUACUGAAAAGACUGCCUUAUUUUAUACAAUAUUUAUACAGUACAUCCCACUGUGCAACUGCAACGGACAUCUGGAGUUUUUAUUAUAACGUAGUCAGAAGGUUAUGUUCAAGUAAAUCUCAAUAUUUUUAUAGACAAUGAAUUUUACACUGGAUUUGCAGCAAAUGAGAUCAGCCACUCUAGCUAUCUGAGUACCUGUGAAUUGGAUGGCCACACAGCAUGUAUACAGAGAACUGAAUGGUUACGAAGGAUGUGGAUCGCAGAGUUGUCUAUCACUGUCUUUAAGCAGUCUCCUGGAGGCCAGCUUGCAUUGAUUUUUGAUCAAACAUCAUUCUACUUUGGCCACUUGUCCAACGCCCUUAUGCACAAACCCAGGGAACAGCUUUUUGUUCAAGGUUGGUUUCAGAUUAGGAUACUAAUAUAUGUUAAAGAUUGUUGCUUAUUAAGAAUAUGUCCUCUUUAAACAGUAUAUAAAUGCCAUAACAGCUAAGAAAAUGGUGGUUAAUAAGCUGUAUUGACCAUGGUUAUCUUUGUUUCUCUCUUAUGACAGAAUUGUACACGCGAUCAGGGGAUUUGUUUGUUCCUUCUGAUUCACAUCUUGGUCUGAAGGCACGGAAAAAAUUAGAAACUAUUCAAUGAAAAAUAAAAAUAAUGUCAAUUA